UCUGGUUAGACAUUAAUGUGCUGAUCUCAGAACAUUUCAAAUGGAGGACUCGUCUCUACAGCUGCUGCUGGUUCUAAACUCAUUGCUGAGCUGCACAACAAACCAAGCCUCUCUGACUGUGAGUCCCAGCAGCUCACAGAUGUUUGAAGGACAGUCUGUCUCUCUGAGCUGUGAGGAGGACGACAGCUCUGCUGGAUGGACUCUGAGGAGGAACACGACCGGAGACACCGGGACCAAGAAGUGUGACGACUGGGGAGGAAAGUCUGCUGGUUCUUCCUGUAACAUCAGCUACAUGGACCCAGGGGACAGUGGAGUUUACUGGUGUGAGUCCAGAGAGGGAGCAACCAGUAACAGCAUCACCAUCACUGUCACUGGUGGACCAGUGAUCCUGCAGAGUCCUGUCCUCCCUGUGAUGGAGGGAGAAGACCUCACUCUGACCUGUAAAACAAAGACCUCCUCCAACCUCCCAGCUGGUUUCUAUAAAGAUGGCUCCUUCAUCAGGAAUGAACCUGCAGGUCACAUGACCAUCCACCAUGUUUCCAGGUCUGAUGAAGGCCUCUACAGGUGCAACAUCAGCAGUGUUGGAGAGUCUCCACCCAGCUGGGUCUCUGUCACAGAGAAACCCACGACUACAAGUCCUCCUACAAUCUCCACUAUCUCUGGCUCCACCAAUUCUUCCCCUCCCGCCUCCAGUCCUGGCUCCUCUACUCCUCCCCUUGUGUUGGGGUCCGUGGUUUCAGUCUGUGUCCUGGUUCUCCUGGUUCUCCUGGUUCUCCUGGUGAGACGAUGCAUCCGUAAGAAACCAAAAGCUGAAGUAGAAGCUGGAGAAGAUGACGUCACAUACAGUGAUGUCACAAUAUUACGUAACCUGCAGCAGCCAAUCAGACGGAGCAGAGAGAGUGAUCCUGCUGCAAUCUACUCCGGAGUGAGAACAGGAGACGUCAGUUAUGGACAAAUAGUGAUCAAAGACAAGAAGACAAACAGGAAGAGAGAGAGUGAUCCUGCUGCAAUCUACUCCGGAGUGAGAACAGGAGACAUCAGUUAUGGACAAAUAGUGAUCAAAGACAAGAAGACAAACAGGAAGAGAGAGAGUGAUUCUGCUGCAAUCUACUCCGGAGUGAGAACAACAGACGUCAGUUAUGGACAAAUAGUGAUCAAAGACAAGAAGACAAACAGGAAGAGAGAGAGUGAUCCUGCUGCAAUCUACUCCGGAGUGAAAACAGGAGACGUCAGUCAUGGACAAAUAGUGAUCAAAGACAAGAAGACAAACAGGAAGAGAGAGAGUGAUCCUGCUGCAAUCUACUCCGGAGUGAAAACAGGAGACGUCAGUCAUGGACAAAUAGUGAUCAAAGACAAGAAGACAAACAGGAAGAGAGGGAGUGAUCCUGCUGCAAUCUACUCCGGAGUGAAAACAGGAGACGUCAGUCAUGGACAAAUAGUGAUCAAAGACAAGAAGACAAAAAGGAAGAGAGAGAGUGAUCCUGCUGCAAUCUACUCCGGAGUGAGAACAACAGAUGUCGGACAAAUAGCGAUCAAAGAGAAGAAGACAAAAAGGAAGAGAGAGCCUCCAGCAGACCCAGAGGUCCUCUACUCCUCAGUGAGGAAGACCUGAACACCAUCACACCAGUCCAACCAGUGGAGUCCAGCCGGCCAAUCACUGGUCCCCAGAGACCCUCACACCUACAUCUGUACCUGAAUAGCAGUCUGAUCAUCCAACCAACUGGCUUUAGAAGUCCCAAGGUCGAGGUACAAACUGUGGGGGGUGCAGGGGGGAGAAAUCACUCUUUUGCAGUUGCUGCCUUGAGACUUUGGAACUUAGUUACCACCUGACAUUCACACCAUUACCGAAGUCGCUCUUUUGAAAUCCAAAAUUAAAACUUCUUUAUUUAGAAUGUCAUUUAAUGCACAGUAGCGUUUCAGCAUUUUCCCUUUCUUUCACCUGUUACUAUGCAUUACUAUAUAUACUAUUACUGUAUUCUAUGUUUUACUCUCUUUAUUGUACGGUAUGUUGUUUUAUUCUUGGUCCUUUAAGCAGUUUGGAUACCUGUUGGUUGCUGUGAAGCACUUUAUGAAUACAUGUUGAUUGAUGAGCUAAAUGAGCCUAAUGCAGCUACAAAGAGACAAACAACUCAAAUGUUAAAGGGGUGAUA